AUGGCUGUUCCCGUAUUCCUCCAAUCAGUAUCAGGAUGGUCCUUCACUAUGUAUGAUACUGAGGACUGUAGCAACUCGACAAACUCGGACGCGGUCGCAGAUAGAGUAGAACGACAAGGCGAUGUCGAUUGCGACGUAGUCCUAAAUGCGGACCAGCAUAAGUCGGUCCUAGGUGGAGUCCCGGCUGGAAGCGAGUGCCGCAUUUCAUUCUAUCCCGUCAAGGAUUGCGGAGGCAGAGUCGCGUUUAGCUUGACACAAGACACUACGUCUUGUCUUUCCAUCGAGGACCUUGUUGCACCACUGGCAUAUUAUAGCGCUACGAACUGCGCAUCAUAA